CUGCGAGCCUUAGGGACCGGGCUGCAGGGCGAGGAAAACGGUGGUGGCGUCUCCCUUCUGUUCCCUGGGGCUCUAGGCGCCUGGGUGGAGGAUCCCUACAUCGGAAAGCGCGCCGUGACUCUGUGUUUUGCGAGUGUUUGUGUGUGUCAGGAUGAGUGUCUGGGUGUGUUGGUGUCUAGCGCGCUCCCCUGAGGCGCACCCUGAGUGUGCGCAGCGCUGUCGGGAACUUGUGCACAGAGCUGGAAGUUGGGGGGUACCGUAUUGUAGCUAUCAAGGAAUUUGCAGUCUAGCAGGAGACAGGCUACCCGGGGUACUUGGGGACAGGGAGGGUCAUGUUAGUCGACUGGAUGGUCAGGAAAGAGUUUAUCAGGAGGGGCCGCUGGAGUGAGUUUUGAUUAGUGAGUGGAGUUACGCUUGGAGAAGGGAGUGAAAAUCUGAAGGGUGUUCCACGCGGAGCAGAAAGGAUGGGUGGAACGACUUGUGAAGGCAGAGUUUUAUGUGUGGGAGGGUGAGAGGAGCACAGACUGUUAAGGAGGGUCAGCCGGACCACAAGGAGGGCAGAGGGUCCGAGUGCAUAUUGGAUUCCUCUCUGUAGGGGGGAGCCAUUAAAAUCUUGUGGGGAAGAAAGUAAAGGGCCGAGGGCUAUACUCUAUCCUUAUAUCGGGGUAAAAUACUGAUUGCAGGGACAGUGUUUGGAAAGGGGUCCUGUUUCCCUUUGGUCGGUUUUCCACUAGCCAGAGUGGAUUUGCUAAAUCUCAUGGUAACUCUCCUUACCUGAUAUCCUCCAGUGGCUUCCUAUGGGUUCUUUAGGAUAGUGUUUAAAUUGCUGUAGCUUAGAAGGCCAUGAUCUGUCCUCUGCCUUUCUUUGUAACCUCUUUCUAGCCUCUCACCUUUUCAAAUCUGUUAGUCAAACUGAACUUCUCAAACCCUUUGUAAAUGCCUUUUCUCCCUCCUGGAACAUUCUUUCCCCCACUUCUAGCUUUAUUCAUACUUUAGCUCUCAGCUUAAACAUUUUGGGAGCAAUUAGAGGGAUAUAGUGGUCUUUUCUUACUGUGUAGAGUAAGCUAGGUAUUAACAUGACACUGUAAUUACUCAUUUUAAUUGUGGUCUUCUCAUAAACCCUAAGCUCUGUGAGGGUGCAGACUAUUUUACUUUCUUGUUGUAUUUUGUGCCUGGUUCUUGGCAGGUGCUUUCAAAAUAUUUGUUGAAAUAAUGGGUAAUAAAGUGGCAAAUGAGUGAAGAAGUUCAAUUAGGAGAAAGAGUUUGGACAAAAACAUUUGUAGUAGAGAUGAAGAGGGGACAGAUGAGAGAGGUAUUUCAGGAAAAGAAUGAAUAGAUUCCGGUAUCUGAUUGGCUAACAGACAAGAAGGAAUAGAAGGUGAUGCUAGGGUUUUAAACUGGAGCAACCAGAAGGAUGGUAAUUCUGUAAGUUCAGUUGAGUUCAGACAUUUACUGAGCAUGCCAAUUAUAUAUCAAGAACUAGAGGUUGGUGGGGAGGGGACAUGGAUGAUAAGCUGUAUUUUUGACUACAUUGUAUGUGAGAUAUUUGGGAGAUAGACACAGAAAGCAGUUGGAAAUGAGCAUUUGGUGUGUUGAGGAAAAAUGUGGAUCCUUAAUUUGGGGCUCAUUUUCACAGUGUGUUUAUGUGCCCAGUGCAUUUGUAGCUUUGUUCAAGGGUAUGAGUGAGAUCACUGAGGGAAGAUGUGAACUCCUUUCUUACUUUCUAGUAAGCUCCAUGAGAGCUUGUACCAUAUUAGACCUGUUUACUGUUUUAUCUCCCGUGCCUGGUCAGUGUCUGGCAUGUGACAGAUUCUCAAAAACAAUGAUUGGAUGAAGAGAGAGGGUAUCCAAUGGAAAGAUAAGAGGGUUGGGAUAGAACUGUGUGCAGCUUUUUGAUUAUGUGGUAUCUGAGGGGCCAACAGAGCCUGCAAAGAGGAGACGAAUAGGAGAGAAACCGAGAGAGUGUCGUGGAAACAGGAGUGGGAGUCUUUAGAGUUGGAAAGGGUUUUCCAAUAAUUUUAUCAGUUAGGAAAGUAUUAAUAUUUUAGAUUUUUUUCAAAUAAUUUUAUCAGGAAAGUAUUAAUAUUUUAGAUUUUUUUCAAAUAGGCCUAGAUUUUCUGGGCUGUGCUGAUUUUAUAUUCCUUAGUACUAUAAACCAUCAGAAUAUCUCUACAGUCUCACACUUAAGCAUGUAAACUAUAGCUCCCUUACGAUAUCUGAUUUCUGUAAAUAGCUCAAAAGCUCUUUGUUAGACCACAGAGUCUGAUCCUGGGUUAAGAAAAAUAUGCCCACUUGUAUUGAUGAUGUUUAAGAGAACACUUCUCAGUGCAAGGGUGGUUCCCACGUUACAGCUUAGUUCUCCCUUUGUGAUCUUAGCACACACAGGCUGGAAUUUAGAGUUGGCCAGUAUAUUAGUCUCCUACGCUGUAUAACAAAUUACCACAAACCUAGUGACUCAAAACAAUACUCAUUAAUUAUGUCAUGAUUUCUGUGAGGCAGGAAUUUGGACAUGGUUUAGCUGGGUAAGGUGCUUAGGGUCUCACAAAGUUCUGAUUAAGGUGUUGAUGGUCUGCAUUCUCAUCUAGAACCCAGCUUGGGAAAAGUCCGCUUCGAGGCUCACCUCACUUAGGUUCUUGGCAGAAUUCAUUUCCCUGGGACUGUGUGCCUGAGGGGUCUCUUGACUGACUUUCCCCUCUGGCUGCCCACAGUUGUCUGAGUUCCUGGCCCUGUGGCCCUUUUCACAGCCAGUCACUGUGGCAUUUGGCUUCUUCACGGCCAGCAGGAGACACUCUCUUGCUCUGCUCUUUUUUUUUUUUUUUAAAGAUUUUAUUUAUUUAUUUGAGAGAGAGAGAAUGAGAGACAGAGAGCACGAGAGGGAAGAGGGCAGAGGGAGAAGCAGACCCCCUGCUGAGCAGGGAGCCCGAUGUGGGACUCGAUCCUGGGACUCCAGGAUCAUGACCUGAGCCGAAGGCAGUCGCUUAACCAACUGAGCCACCCAGGCGCCCUCUUGCUCUGCUCUUGUAAGACAGAGACUUGUAUAGCGUAAUGUAAUCGUAGGAAUGACCUCUUCUCACAUUUGCCUUGUUUUAUUGGAUAAAACAAAUCACAGGGGGAAAAAACCCAGAACAAAUCGUGGAUCCUGUCCAAACUCAAGGAGUACGUGCAGGGGAAAGGCGCAGAGGGAGAGGGAGAAGCAGACUCCCCACUGAGCAGGUUGCCCGAAGCAGGGGAGGCGCUUGAUCCCAGGACCCUGAGAUCAUGACCGGAGCUGAAGGCAGAUGCUUAACUGACUGAGCCACCCAGCGCCCUGUUUAUUUUAAAAAGAGAUGUCACUUGUCAGAGUGAACCGUUAUGGUCCUCGGGGAGGAGGAAGGAAAGUGCUGAAGGUAAAGAAGAAGAAAACAUCAGUGAAGCAAGAAUGGGAUAAUACUGUGAAUGACCUAACAGUUCAUCGGGCAACUCCUGAAGAUCUGAUACGUCGUCAUGAAAUACACAAAUCAAAGAACAGAGCAUUAGUACACUGGGAACUCCAAGAAAAAGCUUUGAAGAGAAAAUGGAAGAGGCAGAAACCAGAAAUUUCUAAUCUUGAGAGAAGAAGAUUGUCUAUAAUGAAGGAGAUUCUUUCUGAUCAUUACCAGAUGCAGGAUGUAUUAGAAAAAUCUGAUCAUUUGAUGGCUGAAGCAAAAGAUCUGUUUGUUGAUUUUCCCCGUAGGCGCACAGGGUUUCCGAAUGUAACUAUGGCUCCUGAUUCCUCUCAGGGUCCUAUUUUGGUAAAUCAAGACCCUGUCACGCAGGCCAUUCUUAAUGAAUCCAUCAUGGAGCCUCAGGCUCUUAAUGAAGUAGAUGAUGAUGAAGAACGAACUGGUAACAGCCAGUCCGAAGAAAGUGCGAAUGAAUUGGAUAACUCUCUAAACUCUCAGUCAAAUAUGAAUGUAGAUAGGUUUCUCCACCAACUAAAGGAAGAUAAUUAUGAGUUAAUUAAUAAACUGUGGACUGAUAUUCAGCAGAAAAUAACAACACAGUCACAAACGCCUCCAGGAACUCCAUCACCUGCUGCUCCAUCAGGAGAACAAAAAGCUGCUCUGAAUGCUACCAAUGCUGUCAAGAGAAUCCAGACCAGGCUUCAAUCUGAAGAAUCUACUGAGACUCUAGACUCAAGUUAUGUUGUGGGACAAGUGCUGAACUCAAGGAAGCAAAAACAGUUGUUAAAGAAAGUGAAAGGAAAAGCGGAUUCUCAUGCUCCUUCCAAGCAGAAGAAGAACGUGUUAACAGCUAGCACAGCCUCCACAGACUUACCAAAUAGCAACAGUUCCAGCCUGGAUGUCCUCAAACACAUGAUAAAUGAAGUGGAACAUGAAAUGGAAGAAUAUGAACGAUGGACAGGACGUGAGGUCAAGGGACUGCAGGGCAGUCAGGGCCUUACAGGCUUCACUCUGUCACUGGUGAGCUCCCUCUGUCGCCUGGUUCGGUACCUGAAAGAGAGCGAGGUCCAACUGCGUAAAGAAGUAGAGACGAGGCAGCAACUGGAGCAAAUGUUGGGUGAUCAUCGGGAGCUCAUUGAUGCUCUUACAGCUGAAAUUCUUCUUCUUAGAGAAGAAAAUGCUGCUACCCAGGCAAGACUUCAGCAAUACAUGGUCACAACAGAUGAGCAACUUAUAUCGCUCACACAUGCCAUGAAGAACUGUCCAGUGAUAAAAAGCAACAAAGAAUGUCAGGCAUCAGAAAGGGGAUCCACGAGUAGGAAAAUUAUAGACAAUCCUGAGGGCCCUGUUGUAAAUGCUAAUGUCUCCAUGCCAUUGGUGUCCAGAGGGGAAGAAUUGGCUGAAUUCGCACAGGAAGACUUGCCUGUUAAACUGUCUCAGGUGCCCACUCCCCUGGAUAGUGUGAAUCUGACUAACAGUUUUCCAGCGCAUAUAUUUGAACCGGCUGUGUUGUUAACACCACCCAGGCAGAAGAGCAACUCUGGAUUCUCUCCCUUGCAGGACGUAUUGAGGAGGACUGUUCAAACUCGUCCUGCUCCAAGAAUUCCUCCAACUGUGGAAAUAAUUGAGAAGGAACAAAAUUGGGAAAAAAAGACCUUACCUACUGACACAGACAAUCAGAAUUCAAGUGAAGAGAGUCGUCUCUUCACUCAGAGGUGGAGGGUGUCUCACAUGGGGGAAGAUCUGGAGAACAAAGCCCAGGCUCCUUUUGUUAACCUCUCACAGCCCUUCUGUAGUUCCCAUUCAAACACUCAGCAGACCAGAAUCCCCGAGUUCUCAGAAGAGCCCCUGGUACUGGGAGACGGGCAGCAGCUUAGAACAAAUGAGGCGUUAAUACAAAGAAAAGACAUCAUGGCACGAAUUGCUGAGUUGACACUGCAGAAUUCAGCUAUCAAGGCACAUCUGAAUAAUAUUGGGCCAGGAGGAGAGCAAGGGGAUGGAGUUCGGGAAUUAAACAAACAAGAGACAAGUCACGUGAGCGACAUGACUGCAACUUUUCCAGCAACACAACCUCUAAUACCAAGUAGCAUGGAGGAACGGAUUGCAGAAUUGAAUCGGCAGAGUAUGGAGGCUCGUGGAAAACUCUUGCAGUUAAUAGAGCAGCAGAAACUUAUUGGCCUGAAUCUUUCCUCUCCACUGGUGUCACCCAUUCCAUCACCUCUCAGAGCAUGGACUGAAGGAGGAAAGAGGACAAUUGAAGUAUCUAUUCCAGGAGCUGAAGCCCCAGAAAGCUCAAAAUGCAGUACUAUCUCUCCUACCAGUGGGAUAAAUACAAGAAGAUCUUCAGGGGCUACUAGUAAUUCUUGUUCUCCAUUAAACGCCACCUCAGGAAGUGGGCGAUUCACACCUGUUAAUCCAAGAGCAAAGAUUGAGAAACAGAAUGAAGAAGGCUGGUUUGCUCUUUCUACCCACGUGUCAUAAGUGAAGUUAGUUGUACAGAAUUUUUUUUCAGUAGUAUAUUUUUGAGCUUCCACUCCCGUUUCCCUGCUCCUGCUUUCAAGUUUUCAUUUCCUUUUAGAUAAAACCUACAAAGAUCUUGUAACUUAGUACUUAUGGAACAAAGAAUAAAGAAAUUAUUUAAAUCUUGGAUCUUUUCAAAUAAAUUUCCAACAACUAACCAAUGUACAACCUCCUGUGAAUAAAAUUUUGAUUAUAGGGAAAUUGAAGUUUUAUAUUCUAAUAAUUUCAUAAGUAUUGUAAAGUUUUGCUGAGUAACACAUUUUUACCUUUAUCAUCUUUAUUCAGGUUUUUUUUUUUUUUGGUCUAGUAUAUCUUAAAUGAUUUCUUUCUUUUAUUUUUUUCUGAAGAAUUAAGUUGCUUUGCAUGUAACUUACAAUAAAAUGGCUCUGGGUGAUUAAAGUCUGGCUUUCAGAAAAAUUUAACAUUCCCUUUGAUUUCUUUUUGGGAGGGAAGUUACUGUUGUCCAUGGCUUUUUCCACCGAGUGGAAUGUAUAGCUUUAAAAAGUAGGUGUGGGAACAUCUGUUUAUAUUUGUUUAUGCAGAUAAGAGUGGUUGUAUAUAUCAUAAAAUUCUUAUACAGGCUUUAAAUGUGAAAAUGGUAAUGUACAUCAAAUAAAUAAUGCUCAUAGAGCUCGUGUCUAAAUGCAGUAACAUUGAUUUAGUGUUUGAAACAGAAAUGAGUACAAAAGGUUGCUGUCAACUUUCCCUCCCUGAAUCUACUACGCAUUCAGAGUUGUUUUCUUUUUUCUUUUUUUUUUUUUUAAGAUUUUAUUUAUUUAUUCAUGAUAGACAGAGAGAGAGAGAGAGAGAAACAGGGAGAAGCAGGCUCCCAAGGAGCAGGGAGCCUGAUGCGGGACUCGAUCCCAGGACCCUGGGAUCAUGACCUGAGCCGAAGGCAGACGCUUAACCAUCUGAGCCACCCAGGCGCCCCAGGGUUGUUUUCUUCAAAGCACCUGUUUGACUCUCAGACACUGGCUUUUAUUUUAACUUGCUUUUUAAAUUAUCUCUGUCCUUUCACUGGGAUGGAAAUUCUCAACCUGGUGUAGUGGGAGUAGGGCAGGGGAAACACAUUGAAACUACUUGGGGAACUUUCUCAGACAACACUGUCCCUCCUCCUGGAGUUUUUCGUAUUCUACGAAGUGUCAUAUGCAACUUUCAUUUGGGCCUCUUCAUUGUGGUGGCAAAAAUACAAUUUUUCUCUGGUAUCACUGAUUUUAUUUACAUGAAGUCAUCUGUAUUCAUUUGCAUUAUUGAAGAUUCUUCCAUCUGUAUUGUACUUUUUUGAAGCUUGGUUUUUAAUAAAUACUAUCCCUGU